AUGAGGGAUUAUGAAACCAUUCAGGAGUUUCACAUGACUAUACUUGACUAUGAUAAUCAAUUUGAUGCCUUGGGAGAAAAGAUAUCUGAAGAGAAAUUAGUAAGAAAAAUGCUUAGGUCUCUUCCUAAGAAAUUUGAUAUCAAAGUUACUGCAAUAGAAGAAGCCAAAGAUAUAUCUGAGAUGAAGUUGGAUGAGCUGGUUGGAUCAUUGCAAACAUACGAAGUGGCUACAAAUGAAAGAACUAAAAAGAAGAACAAGAACAUUGCUUUUGUCUCCAAUGCUGAUGAUGAAGAAGUGCAGAGUGACAUGGAGACUGAUGAAAGUAUUUUAGAUGCAAUUGUGCGUCUUGGUAGAGAAUUCAACAAAGUCUUGAAGAUGAUGGACAAAAAUUCAAGACCAAACAAAGGAAAAGGAGUUCAAUGUCAUGAUUGUGAGGGUUAUGGUCAUGUCAAAGCUGAGUGUCCUACGUUUUUAAAAAAUAAGAAAGGGGGAAUGUCACCCACUUAUUCUGAUAAAAAUUCUGAAAAAGAAUGUGAUGACAAUACAACAAAACGGGUGAUGGCCUUUACAGGAAAGUAUGACUCUGAUAAUGAGUCUUGUGAUGGAGAGGUAACCUACGAAGAACUUGCUGAUUCCUACAGAGAACUAUAUUUCAAGAUUGAUAGUCAACUAGAAGAAAUUUUAGAGAAAAAUGUUCGAAAGCCUAAACAUAUUGGACUUAGCUAUGAAAAUGUCAACAAGCACAGAGGCUAUAAUUCCGAUCUCAUGUAUACACAUCCAAAAGAAACACAAAGUACAAGGAUGCUUAGAAAGACGCUGCAGCAUCCUAAGCAGCAUCAUGAAACCAGGUAUAAGGGUAAACGACGCUCUUGGAUAUGUCAUCACUGUGGAAGAAAAGGGCACAUAAGACCUUUCUGUUACAAACUAUAUGGGUAUCCUAACAUAAACUCUCAACCUAAACCAGCUCCUAUGACUAUUCCAACUCAGAAAGAAUGGAAACCUAAAAGUAUGGAUAUGAAGACUAGUGAUGUAAUUCUACCCGAGAAUAAGGUAGCUAGCCUAAUUGCUCACACAUCAUUUAGAGCAUCAUCAAGAGAAAACUGGUAUUUUGAUAGUGGUUGUUCUAGACAUAUGACUGGCAUUAGCAAAUUUCUUGUUGACUUGAAAUCCUACCCGACUACCUUUGCAACCUUUGGUGAUGGAGCAAAAGGAGAGAUUGUGGGUAUAGGAAAGCUGAGCAACAAUCGCUUGCCUAAACUUGAUAAUGUUUUAUUAGUAAAAGGAUUGACUGCUAAUCUGAUCAGCAUCAGUCAAUUAUGUGAUCAAGGCAUGAAGGUAAAAUUCACUAAGUCUGAAUGUUUAGUUACAAAUGACAAGGGUGACUUGUUAAUGAAAGGUGUUAGAUCAAAGGACAAUUGUUAUUUGUGGGUUCCUCAAGAAGAAGCUAAUGUGUCAACCUGCUUGAUAACCAAAUCUAUGAUGAAAUCAAUAAAUGUGGUAAUAGAUGAUACACUAGAAGGAAUUGUGCUAGAUGCUGCAGAUGCUGCUACAGCAUCUCUCCCACAUGAUGAUGCUCCUGAGAUAGUUGAAGAAUGUAUUGUGACUCUUGAGAAUAUUGCUACAGAAGAAAAAUUUGCUGAUAUUUUUACUAAGGCAUUGGAUGCAGUCCAAUUUAAAAAAUUGCGAGGCAAACUUGUGAUUUGCCUAUUUGAAGAGUUAUAG